GCCCAGCGUGAGCGGGAGGGGCGCCCGGCGGCCGGGUGGGGAAGCGGGGCUAGUUGCAAGAGGCGGCUCCCGGGUUCUUCUAGGGACGCCUUCGUCCGAGGGAAGUGGGUGUGAACUUGGCCGCCCAGGGACCCCGGUGGCUGGGGUCCGGGGUGAGGGUACAGGGGAGCAGCCUGUAGCCCCGCACAUCCGGGAGGGGGCUGAGAACGCUGCGACCAUGAGGUUAAACCAGAACGUCUCGCUCCUGGGGAAGAAGGUGGUGCUGGUACCCUACACCGCAGAGCAUGUGCCCAGGUACCACGAGUGGAUGAAAUCAGAGGAGCUGCAGCGUUUGACGGCCUCUGAGCCGCUGACCCUGGAGCAGGAGUAUGUGAUGCAGCGCAGCUGGCGGGAAGAUGCGGACAAGUGUACCUUCAUUGUGCUGGACGCAGCGAAGUGGCUGGCCCAGCCAGGCACCACCGAAGAGAGCUGCAUGGCGGGGGAUGUGAACCUCUUCCUCACAGAUCUAGGGGACCCCUCCUUGGGGGAGAUCGAGGUCAUGAUUGCAGAGCCCAGCUGCAGGGGCAAGGGCUUUGGCACCGAGGCCGCGCUCAUGAUGAUGUCCUAUGGAGUGACCAAGCUAGGUCUGACCAAGUUUGAGGCUAAAAUUGGGCAAGGAAAUGAACCGAGCAUCCGGAUGUUCCAGAAACUUCACUUUGAGCAGGUGGCCGUGAGCAGCGUCUUCCAGGAGGUGACACUCAGACUGACGAUGAGUGAGCCGGAGCAGCAGUGGCUUCUGGAGCAGACCAGCCACGUGGAAGAGAGGCCCUAUAGAGAUGGGUCCUAGGAGCCCGGCUGAGAGCCCUGCACCAGGAAGUGAACG